GUAAUCAUCGUAUCGAACACACAAGUGUGUAACAAUGUAAUCAUCGUAUCGAACACACAAGUGUGUAACAAUGUGAUUAUCGUAUCGAACACACACGUGUGUAUUAAUGUUAUCAUAUUCAAGGUAAAAAAAAACAGCUUAUCUUCACUAGUCUGUUUAGAAAUCAACAAGUUAUACAUAGCUGAACAUGUUUGAUGACUUGUUCAAGUGAACAAUGAACUGCUACUGACAUAAGUAGUACAGCUAACUCGUUUGGUCAAUCAGAAAGUUUGUCUCCAGAGAAUCGUUUAGGAUUUAAAAAUAGACAUGGAAGAUUUACUUGGUCUCGGCUUGGACUCAGUCUCACCAGUAACAGCUGCUCCUCAAGUCAACACAAAUUUAGCUCCAUCUCAGACAGAGUCACUCAAAGAAACAUCCGCUGCUACCACAGUGGAGCCUCCUUCAUCUGUAGCCACAGAGACUUUAUCCCAACCACAAACAACACCAGCCACAGCAUCACCAACAGACAUAACAGCAGGAAAAACAGCAACAAAGCCAAACUCUGAGAUGUUCACGUUAAAACAAGAGGAGCCGUCUACAGAAGUUCUCAAAGAGAUUCAGGCCAAGUUUGGUGGUCGAUGGAAACUGGUUCGAUCUGAUCCAUAUGCUGAGUAUCUCAAAGCUGCUGGAGUUGGUCUCUUGACUAGAACAUUGGCAGGCAACUCUCUACCUGAGCAAGUAUUUAGUGUGAGAGGAGAUCAGAUCUACGUCAGCUUCCAUUCCACUCUACACAACCAGAACUACGUCUACCAACUGGAAACAGCCGUGGAGAAUUUGGUGGAGAAAUCUAGACAAAGUGUUUUUGCCAGCUACAAAGAUGGAAAACUUAUUUUAUUACUGACAUCAUUGGAAGAGGGAUGGAACAAAACACAAGGAGUCGAGAGAUUUAUCAAUGAUCUAGGGGAGCAUGUUAUGAUCCACACCUGUGGUAAUGUUGUGUGUAGAAGAUACUUUACUCGACUCCCAGAUCUUGUAACACUACCACCUCUAGCACAAUGAAAGACAUUCAGACGAGUGGAAGAACUUGACUACACCAACAUUUACAUUGUCCAAUUAUCCAGUGCUAAAUAGUAGAGUUAAUGAAGGGCGACAAGCAUCAGUGCAGGAUACUUGACAUCAAUGUUACAUACAUCACUGCUCUAAUAGUUAGUGCUAUAUCAUAGAGUUUAGAAGUUGUAAUAAACCAAUGUUCAGUAUUAUAAUCUAAUGAAUGUGUAUAUCAAUCAAUGCUCAAUUGUACAGCUUCAAUCAAUGAUUUUCUUAUUAAUGUUUACAUGAUACAAUAAGAAGUAAAUAAAUGUUGACAUAUUAUACAAUAAUAAGAGACCUAGUCUAAAUAGAUGUCUCUAUUAACUUGUAUGUUAUGAAGGUUCAUCUCUAAAUCAAUGCUACGUUUUGUUAGUCAAGAAGUUUAUAUAUACAUAUAUCUCUCCUCUUUCUUCAUUGUAUGUAUCGUUUUAAUGGGUCACCUUGUCAUUGUCAAAAUAAAUAACUUCCAAUAAUUUAUUAUAAAAAAUGUUCUAUUCAAUAUAAAA